AUGUUCACGACGCGCCUUCUAUUGCUAUCUUUGAUGGCAGUGGCCGUGGCUUUCGCUGGAAACACGUGCCAGGACACUCAAUGUCCAGUAGAUUAUUAUUGUAAGAUGGAGAAUGAUGGACCAAAAUGUUUCUCAUUCUCUAGUACCGGAGGCAUCGCCGCGGGCGAGGGUCUGGCCAUUACCUGUUUAAAUAUUCGUUGUCCAGCCUAUCACACCUGCCAGAUGGAGAACAACGUCGCUGUCUGCAAGCCCCAGCAGCAGCCACCAACACAGCCACCCACCCAGCCUCCAAGAGACGCUUGCACCGACUAUGACUGUGGAUGGGGAUUCUACUGCUCCGUCGUCGAUGGCGCACCCAAGUGUCUCCCAUGGUCGCCAACGCCACCACCAACUGAGCCACCCACCGUGCCACCAACUCAGCCACCCACUGCUCCACCCACCCAGCCACCAACUGCUCCACCUACCGCGCCACCAACUGCGCCACCAACCGCUCCACCAACCAUGCCACCAACUGACCCAUGUGCCAACUAUGACUGUGGCUGGGGCUUCUACUGUAUGCUGAUUGAGGGACAGGCCAAGUGUCUCCCAUGGUCCUCCACAUCAUCCUCCUCCUCGGGCUCCACCACCGCCCCAACAACCCCAACCCCAAGCCCAUGUGACAACUACCUCUGUGACUAUGGCUACUACUGCCAGGAGCAGGAGGGCAAGGCCAAGUGUCUUCCAUGGACCUCCACCUCGUCCUCGAGCAGCACCACCGCUCCAGUGACCGGUACCUCUGGCAGCACCACCGGUACCCCAGACCUCUGCAGCAUUGUAGAGUGCCGUCCAGGUUUCCGUUGUGAGAUGAGAAAGGAGAUUGCCUUCUGUGUUCCAGACAAGUCACUCGACGCCUGCUUCGGCGUGAGCUGCAACCCAGGCUUCCACUGUGAGGCCAAGGGAGACCUCGCCGCCUGUGUCAGAAACGACCCAUGCUCUGACGUUCACUGCAACGUUGGCUUCCACUGUGAGGCCAAGGGCGACCUCGCCGCCUGUAUCUCUGACAAGCCAAUCGACCCAUGCUCAACCACCCAGUGUGGCGUCGGCUACCACUGCGUUGCCCAGGGCAACGUCGCCUCGUGCAUCCUCAACGCCGCCCUGUGUGACAGCGUUCAGUGCCCAACCGGAUUCAGAUGUGUCCACAACGGCACCUGCCUGCACUGUGAGCGCGACCUGUGCUCCACCGUGCUCUGCCCACCCAACUCCCACUGCCAGGUCUGCGGUGAUGGCAUGACCAUUCUCUGUAUCGACGACGUCCCAUCCACCGUGCCACCAACCCUCCCACCAUUCAACGCCUGCCGUAACAUCCAGUGCAAGUCUGGUUUCUACUGCAAGCCAAUCGGCGACCAGGCCACCUGUGUGCCCAUCCCUCCCAUCUGGGAU